CUGAUUGGCUGAUCCACAGUCUGAUCUAGUCAGUCUGCUGGACGAUACUGACUCUAAUGAAGUGAGUUCAUCUCGAGCGGACUGCGUCUCCACUAUGCAAUGUGCAAACUGAUGGAAAGUCGAUAGAUGAGUGCGAUAUUGUAGACCAUUUUUUUCGCAGCGCAUCGGCAGUUUAGAACUUCCAGCUCAACGCAACAUGUAGAGCGCGACUGGUGCCCAGACGAACCCACAGACUGGUGCUGUUGAACUGUUAUCAACAUGAUUCCGCCAGCGAACAUGAUUCAGGAGGACAUCAUGGGCAAGGAGAACGAACGGGACCACCGUGAGCCCCAGUCACCCACAUCCUUCGGUCAGCAGGAGUCAAAGCUGCAGAGGCUAAAGCGUUCACUGUCCUUCAAGACCAAGAGUCUUCGCAGCAAAAGUGCCGAUAAUUUUUUCCAGCGGCCCAUCGAGGAUGUGAAGUUUCAAACCGAACUGCUCUCGGAUGUCAGCAGCAGCACAGGUCAUCUGAGCACCAUCGGUGUGUCUGUCUCAGCGUCCUCAGCGAUGUCCCUUCCUCCACCACCCCCUCCAUUGCCCGCCGUAAUCCCGGGCAACCUGCCCAUCACAAUCUGUUCUCCAUCCCGCGCCCCCCGCCCAGCAGACCCCAACCUACACACCUUUCUAGAGCACAUCUUCAAGAAGCCCCAUUUCUGUGAUGUCUGCAACCACAUGAUUGUAGCUUGCCAAGGGGGAGCAGGCAAGGUGUUCGGCACAAAUGCUAAGCUGGGCCUCCGGUGCAAAGCCUGCAAGAUGGGCAUCCACAACAAGUGCCUGGAUCGAGUUGGACAGCAGAGAUGCUUGGGGAAAUUGCCCAAAGGUUUUCGGAGAUACUCUAGCUCCCCUCUGCUGAUUCAGGAACAGUUUGGCUGCAUUAGGGAGGUUAUGCCUAUUGCCUGUGGCAGUAAAGUUGACCCGGUGUAUGAGACUCUGAGAUUUGGAACCUCUCUGGCACAAAAGACCAAGCGGACCAGUGGAUCGGAGUCACCACAGAGAAACUCUUCCAGUGAUGUGGUUCAGGUACCAGAAGAAAAGGCGGCCCACAUCAGUCGAGCUCAACUCACCAGGAAACCCAGUGACAACGUUUUUACGCAACUGGAGAAUGGAACAGAACAUUUUCAUAUUGCUGAAAGGAAAUCAGAAGAAUCACCUUCAGACAGAGAGCUGAACAGGGACCCACUGCAGCUCAAUACUUAUGUGGCUUUGUUCGAAUUUACCCCCCAAGACAACCAAGACCUAGAAAUGAGACCCGGAGAUCGAAUAAUCCUGGCAGAUGAUUCCAAUGAUGACUGGUGGAAGGGUGUGAUUGAAGAUAGAAUAGGUUUUUUCCCAGCAUCCUUUGCGCAUCAGGUGAGGGCUGGCGACAGGGUGUUCAUAUGUAACCGAACCUUUAUUGGCUGUAAGGAGCAAGGGCAGAUCACCCUGAAGGAGGGACAAAUUUGUGUCAGCGGUGAGGAUGAACACAAUGGCUUCAUCAGAGUAGCCAGUGGGAAAAAGAGAGGAUUCGUGCCCUGUGACGUCCUGGAGAAUGUAUGAAGUGAAAGAACAGAGAGAAUGGGUCAAUUUAAAGAAAAGGAAAGAGUUUCCAGGGUGAUGACUCCAACACUGCCUCUGAGACUGUUUGAGUGAUCUUUGACACCGGAGGGCUCGUCAGAAGGGACCCCUGUCUCCCUCUGUGACAAUGGAAGAAUAUACAGUGACCCCAAAGAGUAUUAGGACAUUUAAGUUAUCAACCAUCUGCAAACAAAGGAUGCCAGAGAUUUUCUUACUUUUCUAAGCAAUUUUUUCAACCAAUCGUAUUUGCUGAAUGAAAUCCAGUACUUGUUGCUUACUAAGUUAAAAGUUAAAAAAAUAGUGCCUGUUUUCCUCUAGUACAUUACACUUUCUCACAAAAUGGGAUGUGCUUUUUGUAGCAUUUUUCGAGAACCAUUUGUAAGGUUAAGAUGUAUUUCCCCUUAAUUACCAGAAAAACUGCCACAAAGACAUGACUUUUAUCUUCCUCUGAGCCAGUUUACAACUAUUUGUUCACUUGGUCAGCUGGUUUUCACAUGUAUGAGGCCUUUUUUUGCAAAUCAGUUUUUCCCCCCAAGAUGCAGGGCUAGUUAUUUUUUAAAACCUAGACUUAUAUUUCCUUCUAGCUUGAAUGUCCAAUUAGUUCUUGGGGCCACUGAAUGUGUGUUUCAUUACUUGCUGAAUGUCAGUGUCAUGUAUUCUGGAUCUAAUUUAUUGAAUGUUAGUGUAGCGGGUCAUCAACCACAGAACUUUCCACUAUCAACCAUUCACUAUAGCAUCAGAACUCACAUUGUUUUAAAAUAUCUUACUUCUAAAGACAACAUAUUUAAUGCUUCACAUAUUUCCAUAAAAUCCAAUACCUGUCUUAACACUAUGUAAUAAAUGUUCUUUUUUUUUCAGCCGUUCUUUCCAAUAAAUGUGCAGGUGUUUUUUGUUAUUCAUAACACUUCAGAAUUUGAUGAUUAGUUAAAUUUAACUUGCACUCCCAAAAUGUUAUUUUCCACUCAUGCUUCUGAGAACAGAGAAUGAACAGAUCUCAGCUGUGUCAUGGCAGGAUUCUAAGUGUUUUCAGAUAUCACUUCUAAUUCGAAGCAGAACAUAGACAUUCCUUCAUCAAACACACUCCAUGGCUGUGAUAAAACCAUGUGGACAAGGGUUUCAGCGAACAAAUCUAUCUUUUUAAUGUCCUAGUGUGUUCAGAUGUCUGUGCUACAUGUCAUCUGUACUAAUUCUCUUUUAUUAUUAAGACAUUUUAGAAAAUAAACAUUUUAAUUUUGGAAUUUUAAAUAUUAAAAAGCUAAAUGAAGCAGAGUUAGAUGAAUUGAUACACCAUUACAGCAGGUAUGACUUAAAAGAUGAUUACAGUAAAGAUUUUUAAUUCUUUAUUAUUAUUAUUUAUUUGAGUCUAAUCAUGGAAGAAUAGGCAUCAUGUAUUGUUCAUUUCAAUGAUACAUAAUCUCUGUCUCUUUAUAAG